CAGAGAGAAAGAGAGAGAGAGAGAGCGCGCAGCAAAAUUAAUAGAUAGAUAAUAUCAAUUUCAUACGUAGUACGAUUCCAAAUUACACUGAAUUAAUUAUUGUAUUCUUCCAAUAACUUCAUUUUGUAGUGCACGUCCAAUUUCAUUGUAUUCUUAAGUGUGUAUGCGUUUCCUAUUUUAUUACGAGAGCAAACGUGAGAUUUGGCGCCAACAUAACCUCGUUGCGAACCCGUAAAAACGGUUUUUAUUAAAUGCAACUCUGAUGAAAUAUUUCGGUAGCUGGCCUGAGAAAUGAAGGAGCUGGAGGAAGUUAACUGCGAGAUUCGCAGAAUCGUGAAUCUUCAAUUUCCUGUGUCAAACUGGUUAAGAAAUUUAGAGUAUGGUCAAUCUGCGAACCUUCAAGAGCACGACAAUGUUAGUGAUUGUCGUGGAGGAUUUCUGCAUAAUGCAACAUACGCAUGGCUGAGUUAUGGUUGCCAUUUGGUAGUCUUUAAUGUGAAAUUAGGAGAGAGCGUUAGCAGUUGGAUGUUUCGUGGUAUUGUAACAUCCGUUUUCCAAUUUCCUGCGCAAUCUGGAGAAUUUCCAUUGCUGCUCGUUGGAAUAGAUAAUUGUGCAACCAAAAUAAAAGAUUCCUUUGGUUUAUUGUGUAUAUUUGACUGUACUACAUCCCGUGUUUUGAGAGCUAUCCGUAUGCCAUGUGGGAUAGAACAAGUCUGUGUUGUGACGGGUGGUGCAGAAUGGGAGGAAUUCAAUGAUAAAAGACCUGAUAACAUACUAAGCGAAAUGGAUGGAAUGGCCUGUGUAGCUUUGCGUAAUCUUCAGCAUAUUAUGAUCGAUCUCCGACGAACUAUAUGGGACACACAAGAUUCAUCUACUGUUAUGGACGAAACAUCACCGGCAGAAAUUGAUUUUCCAUCGGCAAAACAAAUUAUUGGUAGAUGUCAAUUCAGAAAUCGAGAAAAGCAUGCGGCUUAUAAUUUGUUCAACAAUCGUAUAGAAAAACACAUUGGCUUUAACAGAGAAGAUUUUGAAUCAUCUUUGCUCGGCGAGAAUUUGACCACCGCGAUCGUUAGCUCCACAAAGAUUGGCUGUUUAAUUUCCGGCUGUUUAGGUAGAGUGAUAAUUUGGCAGAAUGAUGGCUCCAUAGGAUGGAUUAGUACGCCUAUCGACGAGAACAUGACAGUUACGCAUUUGGCCUUGUUGGAACCCACGGAUGAUCCUAGACCUUUUUAUUAUUUGUGGGUUGUAUUCCAGGACGAAUUGUCAAAAGCGCCACCGAUACUGCGAAUGUACGCCAUGCUGUUUGAAAGGAAAUACUGUGACAGAGAGAUAAACUUGUACUUCAAUCUAGAAGAUGAUCCCAGUCUCAAGUUUGAAUCGGAACUGAACGAAGGAGAUAAGGUUAUCGGUUUGUGCACCGUUGAGAGAGAGUCCAAUCCAGAACAGACCGAAUCGGCUGCUAGAAGAGGCGAGGAUAAUCUGCUGCUUAUCGCCACCAACGACAGAGUAUUUCUGUUUGAUUUAAAUCAAUGGUAUAAAGAGCAAAUGCCGCACACCAUCAGCGAGUGUCAGAAUCCAAACAGCAUAUUAGCAACGUAUCGCACAAAAUCGGACGCACAAAACGAGGUAGACAGUCAGUCGGUCAUAAGUUUCGCAUAUAUUCCGCACAGUUUGCAAGAAUUUUCCAGCAACAGCCCGAGCUCGUCCGAGGAAUUGUUUUAUCCCAACUCCUUGUCCCUUGAAUGGAUAGAGCUUAACUCAACGAAACUGACAUUCUGGAUGACUCGUGGGAUUCAGACCGAUUUGCUGCGUGAAAUUGCUACGGCGGGUCCAGUCGUAUUGAUACAACCAUUUGAAACGUUUCAUAGAUGUCUUUCGGUCGGAUUGGUGCCGUUCAAUUCGGAAUUUUCGUUCGCCAGCGAUCAAAGCGCACAACGAGAGAUGUUGCUGUCCCUCUGCUUGGAACAGCGGUGGUCUACUUUUCUGAUAAAAUGCGCUACAGAGUGGUCGGACGGUAGUGCCUCUUACUUGUAUCCCACUUUCCUUAAGUGGGUCGUCCAGAGAGCUUCUAUGAUAAAAAUGAUUGCGGAUCGGCUUUGUAUUCCUCUGUUUGAUCAAUCAGGCAGCAGCAUCGGUGAAGCUGAUGUAAAAACUUUGCGAUUUUGCUCGCAGCAAUUGGAAUGUUUGUCCAAUGUAGUGGGUAAAUUGCCGUCCGCGAUGAUGGACUUGACGAAGCAACGAAGGACGUUGAGACGCGUGUCUAUAUAUUUUCAAGUACUCCUUUGGUUCUACGAUGUAGGACUGUUACCCGAAAUGCAAGAUUUUGAGGAAAAGGAGGAGGAAGAAGCAGCAAUAUCAGCAGCAGACAGGGCGGAACAACAAGAAGAAGAGGAGGAGGAGGAGGAGGAGGAGGAGAAGGGUACGCUGCCUAUCUCCUUAGCGCUAAGAGUGCCUUAUCCUUACGAGAAACUUUCGGUGCUUUAUAAGGAGAAGCGGGCACAGUUUUUAAAAAACAAUGGCAGCAAUCGCGAAAAGGAGGAAAAUUUAUUUAUCGACGAGCUGAUAACGCGCGAAUGUUCCAUGUUGAAAGCACAAUGGGAAAGAGAGGGUAGCAUCGCUAUGAAUGGCUGCUACCCACCACCAUCGUUGCAAUCUCUAUUACGAUCUUAUUUAACCGAUUGUCAUCAGACGGAAGCAAAUGAGAUUAAUUGCAGACAUCAGAUCACAAUUUACCUUCUAAUGGACGUGGCUAUGCUGCUGCAGCGGCUGUAUCCCGCGGUGAAACAGCUCAUCAAAUAUCCGUCCGCAUUCAUGAUGAGCCCUAGCCUCAUCAAGCUCACUCAGGCAUUCUGGCUGCUUGAUCACGAAAAUUAUCAGGAAUUCCUCGACACGAUAACCGGCCAGUUAGUCUGUGACUCCGAUAUUAAGGAUUGGCACCACAAACUCAUAUUGCGUACUUUGGUGCGUAAUAAUCAACACAAACUGGCGCUCGUAUAUCUUCGCGUGAGAAAACCUGCCCUAUCCUCCAUGGAAGAGCAAGGUAUGGCCAUGAGUCUUUCGGUGGAGCAUGGUCUGGUACAGUCCGCUUUCCAUCGUCGGCCACCCUGUCAUUACGAACAACUGCUAACCAGCUUUUUCCAAGCAUGCAGCAAGUACGGCAAGCUCGACGAGAUUCUGCACUUAGUACUGGACGUUGAGGAGGAGGAGGUGUUUGUUAAAUUUCUCGAGGAGAACAAGAUGGAAGAUUUACGUUUAUUAUACUAUCUACAACGAUGCCGUUACACGGAAGUAAUUGGCGGCUGCUAUCCGAUUCGGCAGUCAAACUUGAUCAAAGACGUGCAGUCCACGUCGUUCAGUAUGCUUGGCGCGUACGACAUGACCUUGCCUGAUGUCACGAAACGAUUCUCCACGAAUACGGCAGCGAAAAAUUCAGACGCGGAUCUGAAGGCGCGCCAUUCCCGACCGAUGUCGCAUUGCAAAAGCCACGACAGACUGCGGAAUAUAUAUGAGACGGCGAUCACGAAGGCCAGAGAAACUUAUUUACGAGGAGAAAAAUCUCAGAUCCCGUUUGUCAGUGCGCCCUGCACGUCGUUGAGACUCAACAGUUAUGGCGUAAACAUGAAUUGUGUAUUGUUUCCGGCGCUGAUGCGAGUCGAUAAGAGGAGCAAUAAUCGUGGCAAACGUACGAUCGAUCAGAUCUACGAAGAGAUCGAAGAAGAUGCGGACAUAAUGUCAUCGGACGGCGUAAAACGCCGGAAAUUAUCGGAUCGCGAGAAUGUCUCCGGAUCACCGUCGAGUAACGUCGUUUCGGACAAACGAGCUUCGGAAGAAUCGGGAUUGUUGGAAACUUUCGAGACGCCUCUGGUAAAGCGCAAACCUAAUGUCUCCACGAACAAGGAUCACGUUCUAGAGACACCGCAAUCUAUUUUGAAGAUUAGACAACUCGUAAGAAACUCGACGUCUCCUACCGUAAUAUCCCAAGUGAAGGAGGCCUGCACCGAUAGACUGUCCACCGAGAAGGAGAGGAAAAUCAGUAGACAGAUACGAUUUCUUUUUAACAUCAAUCAAUCCAAGAAAGAUGCUCUGACGUGUGACGAGGAGGAAGAGGAGGAUGAGGAAAAAGAGAAGGAGGAAAAGGAAGAACAAAACGAUAACGAGACCGAUAUUUUCCUCCAACAUUCGAACGAAGCGAGUAAUGAUGCAUUCUUCAGUCCUUGUUUGGACGCAAACAACAAGUCUGCAGUAUAUUGCGAAAGCGCGGUUUUGAAUGACAGUAGCAAUACUUCCGGUAAGAUUCAUUGCUACGCCCGUCCGCGACCCAGCCUCAGAAGAAGUGCCUUACAAUCGUCCGUAAACUUGUCCGCCGCAGCGACCUCGAUGACUUUCGAAGAGACGAACAAAGAAUCCCAGUUUAUUCCAGGUACACCGAGAGGACGUAGCUCCUUAUUAUCGGCCAGCUCCAUCUAUUCGACCACUGUACUGUCCUCUGACAGCAGCGUCGACAUCAGUGACCUUACAAGGAGAUCAGGACGCACCAGUCCGUCGCAAUGGAGAUUGCCCGGGAAAGGAAGAGAUGGAGAUAACGAUAAAUUUACCAUUUCAUCCACUCCAUUAACGAAGAUUAUAGUUUCUCAAACAUCUGUUAAUGUUGACGUUAAGCGAGCGAUGGAAGGAAACGCGAAUAACGAAGAUGUUGACGUGCUAAGGGACGUGUCCAUUGAACGAUUUGAUUGCGAUGAAAACGCAUCAAAUCUCGCGGAACAAGAAGACAAAGUCGUGGAGAGCGAGAAUCGAAUCGAGAACAAAUACAAUAACGGCGGAAGGACAAUAACGGCGAGGGAAAAUAGUCGGAGUUUGCUGAAUUACGAAAUGCCCGUAUUCUCCGAAUCUGGGAAGGUCACGGAAUCGAGUCCAACCCAAGUUUCGGACGAGUCUGACGAGGAACUACUUGGAUUGCGAAACGACGACGAGGACAGUGCAGACGAACAUGAGGAGAUGUUCGAGAGUCUAUCCACUAUUCUGACAGAUGACACGCAGAUGCAUUUGGAUCAAAGUCAAGUACCUACUUCUCGUUCAUCCCACGAGAAUCCGGCAUACGGAACAGAAGAAUGCGGCAUAACGAAAUCCAACGGUUUGCAAGAAUCGGUGCAGGGUGACAUUGUAAUGGGUGACAUUGAUUUGACUGACGAUGAAUCUGCGAAUAGUAGAGCUGCUGCUGCUGUGACUCCGCGGGUAGUACAUGAUGGUGCGGAUAAUAAUAAAGAAGAGACGCAUUCGAUGCCAAUUCAUGUUCAUUCAAAGCGUAUAUUUUAUUACGACAUGUCGAACAUUACAGACGAUGAGUCCGAUUCCAGUACUAGAGAAACUGCAGAAGAACCAAAAGCGAAAAAUGGUAGGUAUUCCAAUUUACAAGAACUCUACGUCGCGCAGAAUAUCGAAAGGGAGAAGAGCGACGAAUCCAAUGAGAAGAGUUAUUAUAAAUCAAGUGAGAGAGAAAGUGUCUUGAAGAGAAACCUUGAUAAUGAUAAAGCUCCAUCAGCACCCCGACAGCAUCGGGCCAAUGUCGAUGACAGGUACGACAACAUUUUUUCAAGCUUUAUAAAACUGCAUAAAGUAGACGAUCGUAGGGUCGAGAUAUCCAAUGAAAAUGAGAAGGAAGCCGAGAGGAAGCUGUCAGCUGGCGACAAUUUCUCGGAAAGUGAGAGGAAUCGAGUUGAGGUCACGGAUGUUUCGUCUGUACGUAUGACUAGAUCACGUAGAGCAGAUUCGGUCGUAAUAGACACAGCAGAUGUUCCGACGCGGCAUGCAGAGCCAGAUAAAGUCACCCGUCUACGAAGAGCAAGUUCAGUGACGAAGGAUUCUCCGCGAUUGCAAGGGACGACUACUUUGGCCACGCUAAAUUUUCCAAAAGAUCAUUCGUCGCAGGAAACGGAAAUAUCACCGUUGGAAAUAUCAUCGCGUUCGAGGAGAGCGAGUUCGGCAGCAAAGGAGAUAAGGAUAGAUUCUCCCUCCUCGGGAAAAUUACGUGGCCGAAGAGCGAGUUCUCUCGCGAAGGACGUGCUCGUGAUGAGCUCGGACGAGAAUAAUCUUGAGUCACAAUCAGAAAACUCUGAUGCGCAAUCAUUAACGAGAAGAGGUCGCAGAUGUACGUCCAUUGCGAAGGAGAUGCAGCCGCGGGAUCUCGAAACGAAAGAUAGCGAUUCCGAGAGCGUCAAAGACGAAUUACCAGUCAGAAGAAGCACAAGACUCGCUUCUUUCGCAAGAAAAGAAUUACAGGCGGACGUGCCACUGGCUUCGCGAGAGAGGAGUUUUGCGAGGGAGACGGGGAGUGACGACGAGGAAGGAAGCGAGAAUGCGAACAAGAGGUCUUUGCGGCGCACGAGAAUGUCUUCGGUAUCGUCUGAUACGGAUUGUAGUAUUGCAUCGACAAGCAGAUCAUUAAGAUCAUCUACAAGAGAUUUCGACAAGGAGCGUUUGACUACAAAGGAGCCAGGCAUUAAAACAAACUACCGGAAACGCGGUAGUUCAGUACCUAAGGAGAUGACGGCGCGACUCGGCAUAGGAUCACGGCGACGUAGGUCCAGUAGUAUUAUCAACGAAAUCAUCCCAGAGGUCGCCGAGCCUCCGGACGAUUCGGAAAAAUCCGGGAGUUCCGCCGCGAGAGAGAUGUCGCGGGAGAUUGUCGUCGGUAGACUAACGAGAAACGCGCGCAUUCGAAGCACGUCAGUGCUGUCCGUGCCGGAAGAAUUGGAGGAGAUUUUGAGUCCGUCAUUGAGGGAGACGACGAGAGCCACCAGGAAGAAAGCUGUACAGAGUAAUGCCAGACAGAGAAGAGCGACCAGCGCGGAUGUGACACACACGGAGAUGAAAAGGAGAGUUCGAAAUCGCGUUGACGCGAUGGUGCCGCCAAUAGCGGAAGAGCUUGCGGAGAAUGAUAUCGAUAUUUCAGCGUCUGGAAAAAGGACGGUAACAAGCACGAUCAAGAAGACGAAAAAAGACAUGGUGAAGCCAAGACCAAGAGGUAGACCGCGCAAGACCAGCAUGAGUCAAGAAUCCAGCAAUCUCUAUUCCUUCUCGCUGCCGGAGAAGACUGACGACAUGCCGUUAGAUGAGAAAGACAUUGGACAAGUCCCGAAUUAUGUGUUCUCACCGCCCCAAACCAGAUCUAAAAAUAUUUCUUCGGACCAACAUCAUCGUAGAAAAAUAAGCUCGUUUAUACCGAGUCCUUAUCAGGAAGGAGAUCAACGGCCCGCUGUCUUCUCAGAGAAACCUCAUGGCAUCGAAUCCGGCCGUUACGCUCGUUUAGUAAAAAAUGAUUUUGGAUCGCGAUUUCGCGAAAAAUUUAUUGUAUCUAAACGAUCCAAAAAUACAACAGAUCUUGAUUAAAACUGAAAAUUUCCCAGAAUUCUGUCGCGUAUUUAAGUUUGUAAAUCUUUCAAUACACUUUUUUUUAUAAAUUUAUUUCACAUAUUUUUCUUAUCACCGCAAUAUUUUUUUCUUUAUUACGUGCUUCUACCAAUUAAAGCGCGGCACGGCAACGAUUACUCGUUGCAGAGCAUUAACACUUUUAACACUUACAGGCAUAAAAUGAUACGUGAAACGUUAGGAAUCGUUACAUACGUAAAAAUUGUUGACCAUUAAAACUCUUACAAGUUUCAGUACGUCUUUAUUCUGGUCAAAAAAUACAGUACAAAAUAAUCUCUCUGGUAAAACGAAUAACUACGAAUGCUGAUAAACAAAAAUUCAACUUGAAAGAUUUAAUUAACACUUGUAUUCUAAAAAGUAGAAAAUUAAAACGAUUAUUUUAUUUGUAAUGUUGAUCAAGAUCUUGUUUUUUUCUUUGCGAACAACUUGAGAUUUGUUUCAAAUAACAAUUAGGGAAAGUAUCUUGAUUUUCUUUUCCAAUUAAUUAAUUUUCUUUAAUUCUGAUUAGAUUCUAAUCCGAAUUAGAUUAGAAUUUGUGUUAGGGUAAUUUAAGUCAUGGUGGGAGAUAAUCGAAUAUUCCAACAGCGAUAUUUGGAAUAUACCCUAAUACGAUGUUGAAAUUAUAUGAAGAAGUAUCUUUCUUUUUUCUUUCAAUACUUAGAGAUUCAAAAAUUAUUUUUAUCAGAUUUGUAAACCUGCAAAUUGCAAUUCAAAUUACACAUCAUACAUGUCCAAGUUGCAUUUAAAAAAAAAAAAAAAGAUUGUUUCGUCCAAUCUCGAGAGGUAUAUUGCGUUAUUUCUAUAUCAUUGUACGAAUUGACAAGUGUGUGUAUGUGAGAUUUCAAUGAGUCAUGUCAAACAAUAUUAUAAAUGGUAAAUUAUCAUUAAAAAAUGUCAAAAUAUCAAACGAUUGCGUUGCACGCACACACGCACACACACACGACACGCUCUUUCUUUGGCCAUUACAAUAGCAUUCAUUCCGUUUAUACAUACACUUUAAAUAUAUUUUCUGUCAGUUAUUAGUUUUUUUUAUGUUAGUAUUUCUACAUUUUCAUUUUGUAGCACAGGAUUCUUUGCUACAUAUUUUGCAUAUAUUAAUAUAAUACAUACACACUCUUAUAUAUUUUCGGCGAGAAGACAAGAAAUGUAUCAUAUCUUUGUAAAUAAUUUAUUAUCAUACUCAUGUAUAGUUGUAUUGAUACAAUAAAUGUAAAAGAAAGGUAA